UAUUUAUAGAUGGACAAAAGAGAAAGAAAUCUUUAAGAAAGAAACUGGAUUCACUAGGAAAGGAGAAAAACAAAGACAAAGAAUUCAUCCCGCAGGCAUUUGGAAUGCCCUUAUCCCAAGUCAUUGCGAAUGACAGGGCCUAUAAACUCAAGCAGGACUUGCAGAGGGAUGAGCAGAAAGAUGCAUCUGACUUUGUGGCUUCCCUCCUCCCAUUUGGAAAUAAAAGACAAAACAAAGAACUCUCAAGCAGUAACUCAUCUCUCAGCUCAACCUCAGAAACACCAAAUGAGUCAACGUCCCCAAACACCCCGGAACCGGCUCCUCGGGCUAGGAGGAGGGGUGCCAUGUCAGUGGAUUCUAUCACGGAUCUUGAUGACAAUCAGUCUCGACUACUAGAAGCUUUACAACUUUCCUUGCCUGCUGAGGCUCAAAGUAAAAAAGAAAAAGCCAGAGAUAAGAAACUCAGUCUGAAUCCUAUUUACAGACAGGUCCCUAGGCUGGUGGACAGCUGCUGUCAGCAUCUAGAAAAACAUGGCCUCCAGACUGUGGGGAUAUUCCGAGUUGGAAGCUCAAAAAAGAGAGUGAGACAAUUACGUGAGGAAUUUGACCGUGGGAUUGAUGUCUCUCUGGAGGAGGAGCACAGUGUUCAUGAUGUGGCAGCCUUGCUCAAAGAGUUCCUGAGGGACAUGCCGGACCCCCUUCUCACCAGGGAGCUGUACACAGCUUUCAUCAACACUCUCUUAUUGGAGCCAGAGGAACAGCUGGGCACCUUGCAGCUCCUCAUAUACCUUCUACCUCCCUGCAAUUGUGACACCCUCCACCGCCUCCUACAGUUCCUCUCCAUCGUUGCCAGGCAUGCCGAUGACAACAUCAGCAAAGACGGGCAAGAGGUAAGACGCCUUUGCUGCCAUAGACACUGUGACUCUUCCUCUCCCCUAUUUUAAAAGGGCAUACCACCA